AUGGAAGUGGUGAUGCAAUGGUUAAAUUUCUGGACUACUGAUCAGAAGCAGAUUUUACUCGGAAUUACCUGCAGAGCUGAAUCUACGGAAGUCUGGGUUCAUGCCGGAUUUCGAGCACUUCAGAUUUUCCUAUUCGAGCAUGAAUCCGGUCCUGGGGGAGAGCGGCCUCCUGGCUCCGCAGCAGCAUCACCACCAGAUGACGGGCCAAGCCGACUCCGCCAUCCCGGAGCCGGGAUACUUCCUGGGGGAGCACGGCGGCUUCGGGCCGGAUGGUUUGUUCGGGUUGGAUCUGGGCGCGCUGCCGUCGUCUGGCCUCGCCGACCUGCACCUGAGCAGCUCCCUGCACCGGGUCCCACCGGCCGCCGCGGCGCUGCGCUGCGCAACGACCUGGGAUCCAACAUCAGCUGGCUGAAGACCCUGAACCUGCGCUUCCGCUGCUUCCUGGUCAAAGUGCACGAACUGGAGCGCAGGAACAAGGUGCUGGAGAAGCAGCUGCAGCAGGCCCUGGAGGACAACAGCGGAGGAGAUCCACACCAGAAGCCGCUGACCAAAGACAUGGGGGUCCAGAGCGGAUUCAUCGGUCCGAUCCAUCCCAGACCGGGCUACAUGCCGCACCACAACGCCAACAACCCGGCCUACCUGACCGGCGGCCUCCUCUCUCCCACCCUCAACCCUCCCCCUCUGUUCCACAACAAAUACCUGCUGGGGAACAACCUGAACACGGACUCCAACUCCAACCUCACCACCAGCCCGGCUCUGAGUCCCAGCGACCCGACCAGAACCAUCAGCAACAUCAACGAGAAGCUCUCCGCUCACACCGGAACCCGCACCAGCAAUGGGCCUCCUCCUCCGCGCUUCCUCCCCGGAACCAUCUGGUCCUUCAACCACACCCGGAGGUUCGGCACCGGCAGGGAGUCGUGCGUCACGGGACCCGGAGUGUCCUGGACCCACCCGGACGGCGUCGGAGUCCAGAUCGACACCAUCACACCGGAGAUCAGGGCGCUGAACAACGUGCUGGCCAAGGUGAAGAGAGAGAGGGACGAGUACAAGAGGAGGUGA